UUCGCUGGAGGCGCGCGGAGGAGGCGGCUGCGCCGAGGCUGCUGCUGCUGCUGCAGUGACUGACUGACUGAGCGAGCGGGUUGUCGGCUGAGGCGGCGCUUGAGUCUGGGGAGCGAGAGGCGGCGGCGGCGGCGGCAGGCGAGCUCGGCCCGACAGGUGGCGGCGCCGCGGACCCAUCUGGACCCGGCGCGGUCCCAUCCCGGUUUCACUCAAAGACUGACUUCAGCAUAGGAGCACCUAUAUUUAUAUCAAUGGUUGGGAAAAGAUAGUGACCAGAAGCAAAGGGGAAAACAUCUUGGUGUAACAAGGAAGAUGAGUAUGUUAAAACCAAGUGGGCUUAAGGCCCCUACUAAGAUCAGUAAGCCUGGAUCUACUGCCUUGAAGACACCUACUCCUGUUCCAGCUCCAGUAGAAAAGGCAUUAUCUAUUGAAAAAACAUCAAGCACACCAUCCCCUGAGACUCAUGAAGAGUUUGUUGAUGACUUUCGAGUUGGGGAACGUGUUUGGGUGAAUGGCAACAAGCCUGGAUUCAUCCAAUUUCUUGGGGAAACACAGUUUGCACCAGGCCAGUGGGCUGGAAUUGUAUUGGAUGAACCAAUUGGCAAGAAUGAUGGGUCAGUGGCAGGAGUGCGGUAUUUCCAGUGUGAACCUUUAAAAGGCAUCUUUACAAGACCUUCCAAGCUGACGAGGAAAGUGACGAGCGAAGAUGAAGCCAAUGGCACACAGGCUCCUCCUGCUUCCCGAGCCACAUCCCCCCUCUCCACUUCCAUGACCAGCAUGGCGGCCUCCUCUUCAGCUGCACCUUCCCCCUCCACUGCGCCCCAUAAGGUCUCCCAACCUGUAGCUAAGGAGUCUUCCACUACUCCUCAGAUCAGCAACCUCACUAAAACUGCCAGUGAAUCGAUCUCCAACCUUUCAGAAGCUGGAUCUGUAAAGAAAGGCGAAAGAGAGCUGAAAAUUAAUGAUCGAGUCUUGGUUGGUGGCACAAAAGCUGGAGUAGUAAGAUUUCUUGGAGAGACAGACUUUGCCAAAGGAGAAUGGUGUGGUGUGGAAUUGGAUGAACCUCUUGGAAAGAAUGAUGGAGCAGUUGCUGGUACAAGAUAUUUUCAGUGUCAACCCAAAUAUGGUUUGUUUGCUCCUGUUCAUAAAGUGACAAAGAUUGGCUUCCCUUCUACGACACCAGCCAAAGCCAAGGCUGCCGCUGUGAGGAAGGUGAUGGGGACCCCUGGCAGUCUGAAACGUAGCCCUUCGGCCUCCUCUCUCAGCUCCCUGAGUUCGGUAGCCUCCUCCGUAAGCAGCAAGCCCAGUCGUACAGGAUUAUUGACUGAAACUUCUUCAAGAUAUGCCAGGAAGAUCUCCGGCACCACCGCCCUCCAAGAGGCUCUGAAGGAGAAGCAGCAGCACAUCGAGCAGCUGCUGGCCGAGAGGGACCUAGAGAGGGCGGAGGUGGCAAAAGCCACAAGCCACGUGGGGGAGAUAGAGCAGGAACUGGCUCUGGCUCGGGAUGGACACGAGCAGCAUGUCCUGGAAAUGGAAGCAAAGAUGGACCAGCUACGAGCUAUGGUGGAAGCUGCUGAUAGGGAGAAGGUGGAGCUUCUAAACCAACUAGAGGAAGAAAAAAGGAAGGUUGAAGACCUUCAGUUCAGAGUGGAGGAGGAAUCUAUUACCAAAGGCGAUCUUGAGCGAAAGAGCCAGAUAUCUGAAGAUCCUGAGAAUACGCAGACCAAACUGGAGCAUGCCCGCAUUAAGGAGCUUGAACAAAGCCUGCUCUUUGAAAAGACCAAAGCUGACAAACUCCAGAGGGAGUUAGAAGACACUAGGGUGGCUACAGUUUCAGAAAAGUCUCGUAUUAUGGAACUAGAAAGAGACUUAACAUUACGAAUACAGGAAGUAGCUGAGCUUCGAAGAAGUUUGGAGUCCAAUAAACCAGCUGGUGAUGUGGAUACUUCACUCUCCCUUUUGCAAGAGAUUAGCACUUUGCAGGAAAAAUUAGAAGCCAUGCAUAUUGAUCACCAGCAUGAAAUAAUUUCUCUAAAGGAACAUUUUGGAGCAACAGAAGAGUGUCAUCAAAAGGAGGUAAAGGCACUUCAUGCAGCAUCUGAAAAACUCUCAAAGGAGAAUGAGUCUUUGAAAAGCAAGCUUGAUCAUGCUAACAAGGAGAAUUCUGAAGUGAUAGCUCUAUGGAAGUCAAAACUGGAAUCUGCCAUUGCUUCCCAUCAACAGGCAAUGGAAGAGCUCAAAGUUUCAUUUAGCAAGAGUGUUGGGACUGAGACAGCAGAAUUUGCUGAACUAAAGACACAGAUUGAAAAAUUGAAACUAGACUAUCAGGAUGAAAUAGAGAAUUUGAAAUGCAAACAAGAUUCUGAACGGUCUGCUCAUGCUAAAGAAAUGGAAAUCCUAAAGAACAAACUGAUGAAAAUCAUUAAAGAAAAGGAGCAAGGUUUAGAAGGCCUCAAACUCCAAAUGGAAAAAGCGGAAGACCAACAUCUCGUAGAGAUGGAAGACGCCUUAAACAAAUUGCAGGAAGCGGAGAUAAAGGUAAAAGAGCUAAAGGUACUGCAAGCCAAAUACAAUGAGCAAACCGAUGUUAUUGAUAAUAUUACAUCACAGCUCAAGGCCACCGAAGAAAAACUCUUGGACCUUGAUGCACUUUGGAAAGCCAAUUCCGAAGGUAAAUUGGAAGUACAAAAACUUAGCCAGAAGCUUGAGGCAGCUGAGAAACAAAUUAAAAAUUUAGAGAUGGAAAAAAUUGCCACAAGUGGCAAGGCUAGUCACAUAACAAAAGAACUACAGGGGAAAGAGUUAAAGCUCAUUAAUCUUCAGAAAAAUUUGAGUGAAGUGAGUCAAGUGAAAGAUGAUUUGGAAAAAGAACUUCAGAUUUUGAAAAAAAAGUUUGCAGAUGCUUCAGAGGAAUCAGUGGCUAUUCAACAAAAAAUGCAAGAAACGCUAAAUAAACUACACCAAAAAGAAGAACAGUUUAGUGCUCUGUCUUCUGAUCUGAAGAAAUUGAAAUAUAAUAUGUCAGAUAUGGAAGAGAAAUUUAAAGAGAAGGAUGAAAGAGAGCAGCAGUUAAUGGAAACAAAGGAAAAACUAGAAAGUGAAAUUGUAGAAAUCAUGAAGAUGUCUGGAGAUAAUUCUUCCCAGUUGACAAAAAUGAAUGAAGAACUUAGGCUGAAAGAUAAAUUUGUGGAAGAAUUACAGCUCCAGCUUUCAAAGGCAAAUGAUGAAGCAGCUCUUCUGCAGAAAAGUAUUGGGGAAGCAACUUUGAAAGCUGAGCAAGAUCAGAAGAAUAUAAUUGCAAAGCAUGAGGAAGAAAAGAAGGAAUUACAGAAGAAAGUGUUAGAUCUGGAAAAGCAAAUUGAGGUAAGCCAUAGCCAGUGCAAAGACCUCCAAGCUAGACAUGAAAAAGCCAAUUCUGAGACAAUCACAAAACAUGAAGCAGUUCUGCAUAGUCUGAAGAAAGCUUUGUUGGAUACUGAGGGAACCCUGAAAGAGGCCCAAAGGAAGAACACUGAUUUAUUGAAGGAGAUGGAAGAACUGAAAAAGCAAGCUGACAAAGCCAAAUCUCUAACUUAUUUGUUAGCAUCAACCAAAAAAGAGAUUGAACUAAUGUCAGAAGAGCUGAGGGGUCUGAAAUCAGAGAAGCAGCUUCUUGCAGAGGAGGGGAAUGCUUUAAAAUUAGACAAAGGUUCACUCUUAUCAAAACUUGUUGAGGUGGAGGCCAAGAUUUCUUUACUGCAGGAAGACCAGCGGAAGCUGUGGUUAAUAAAUGAAACUCUUAAUUUGGAGAAGGAAAAAAUCCUAGAAGAAAAGCAUGAUGUAGAAAAGUUGUAUCAGGAAGAGCAUCUCAACAAAGAAGCUUUAGAUAUUGAGAGAGAAAAGUUACUGGAAGAAAUUAAUACUGCUCAGGAAGAAUUCUUGAAGAUAAAUGUAGAAAAUGAUAGCUUGCAAGCUUCCAAAAAAAGCAUGCAGACCCUUGUAGAAGACCUUCAGAGACAUAAUGAUUCCUUAAUUACUGAAUCCAAGAAGAAUCAUAAGGAAAAGGUUGAAUUAGAGAAUCAGCUGAAGAAACUUACUAUUGAAAAUAUUACCUUAGCUAAAAAUAAGGAUGAUAUUGUCCUAAAGCUUCAGAACUCCUUUGAAGAACUGGCAAGAGAUCAAAAAAACUUGGUACAAGAAGUUGAAGAGCUCACAAAUGAGAAGAAGUCGUACUUGGAAAAGCAGUCAGGCCUUAACACUCUGUGUGCAGCCUUAAAGAAAGAGAAGGAUGAUCUUCUUCAAAAUAACAAGGAUCUACAGAGUGAGAAAGAUGAACUACUCAGGAAACAAGAAAAACUGAAUGUUGGCUUGGAAGCAGUUCUCCAUGACAAACAGGCGCUUAGCAUGGAAAUUAACAGGCUGCAGACUCAGCUGGAUGACUCAAAUAAGUUGCUUAAAGAUGCAGAGAAAGUGGCUGUGGAGCUUCAGUCUUCAAAAGCAAGUCUAAUGAAAUUUCUUGAAGAAAUUAAAACCAGUAGGGAGAUUACAGAUUCUGAAUGUAUCCAACUUCUACAAGAAAAAGAAACUUUGACUUCAUCUCAGAAUAGGCUUUUGCUCGAAAAUGAAGAACUCUCAAAUGAAAAUAAAAUGCUCUCUGAAAAACUUGUCAAAUGCUCAGAAGAUGCUGCUCACAAAGAGAUAGCUCUGAAUGAGAAGAUUGGUUAUCUGGCUGCAGAGAAAGAAGUGGCUUGUCAGAAGUCCUUAAAGUUUAAAAAGCAGCUGGAUGGUCUCCUAAAAGAAACAUCUGUGUUAGAAACACAAAAAACAAGCUUGCUUCAAGAAAGAGACACUUCACUCAAAGCCAUGAGUGACCUUAAAAGGAAAUUUGAUCAAGAAACUGCCAACAGAAGAAUCAUUGUUCAAGAGAAGAUGAAACUUCUUAGUACUAUUGAGGCUCUGAAGAAGGAGCUUCAGGAUAAAGAAAAAGAAAGCCAAGAACUAUUGACCAACAAACAUGAUUUUUCUUUGAUGCUAGAAGAAGUUGAGGGAGCCAAAAAGAAUUUAGAAAAGGAAUAUGCUGAUCUGUUGGAAAUCAAAGAAAAUUUGGAAGCUGAACUUAAGACUUGCUAUUCUGAAAAGGAUAUCUUGCUUCAGGAUGGGUAUAGCUUGCAAGAAGAAUGUCAGAAAUUAAAUGAAGAGGUCAAUGAAGUGCAGCAGGCCUUGAUCCUUGAAAGAGAAGCUAGAGAGCAGGACAAGGAGAGUUCUCUGUCAGAAAAUAAUAAACUACAAAGUCAAAUUGUGUUCCUGCAGCAGGAAUUAGAAAAAUCAACACUUUGCAAUAAAGAACUUCAAUCUGAGAAUCUAAUCCUGGCCCAGGAGAAAGGAAAAUCAGAGCAACAAGUUGUGAAAAUUGUUAAGGAAAAGGAAGUUUUGAGUGCAGAGACUGCUCAGCUUGCUGCCAAAAUAGACAGUUUGAAAAAUGAUUUUGCUUCUUUGACCAAAUCCAAGUCAGAGUUGCAAGAUCUGCACAGCUGCCUCACCAAGAUAUUGGAAGAUCUCCGGCUAAGCCAUGAGGUGACCACUGCCGAGAAAGCUAAACUAAUACAAGAGAAUAACAAUCUCCUUGCUGACCAUAGAGAAGUCAUGCUGAAGAAGGAAGAGCUUCUGAAGGAGUUGAAAGAGAAGGAGAAGAUGGCAGAGAACUACUUUACUCUCCAGAAGGAGAUUAGUCAGUUAGCCAAAACCAACAGUAAUAUUUCAGCAAACCUCCUAGAAUCACAGAGUGAGAAUCGGAUCUUGCGGAAAGACAAGAGCAAGCUUACUCUGAGAAUUAGAGAGCUAGAGACCCUUCAGUCAUACACGGUUGCUCAAACAGCAGAAGAUGCCAUGCAGCUAAUGGAACAGAUGACCAAAGAGAAGACAGAAACUCUUGCUUCCUUGGAGGAUACCAGGCAAACAAAUGAAAAACUGAAAAAUGAAUUGGAUGCACUUAAAGAAAACAACUCAAAAAAUGUUGAAGAAUUGAACAAAUCAAAGGAACGUUUGACAGUAGAGAACCAAAAAAUGGAGGAGUUCAGGAAAGAAAUAGAAGCCUUGAAGCAGACAGCGGCUUGGAAGUCCCAACAGCUUUCAGCGUUGCAGGAGGAGAACCUGAAACUUGCUGAGGAGCUGGGAAGAAGCAGAGAGGAGGUCACGAGUCAUCAGAAGCAGGAAGGCGAAAGAUCUGUACUCAAUAACCAGCUGUUAGAGAUGAAAAAGAGCUUGCCCAGUAACACUUUAAGAGAAUCCGUGUACAAAGCAGACACUGAUGAAGAGAGAGCUUCCUUACAGAAAUCCAUCAGUAUUACUAGUGCCUUGCUCACAGAAAAGGACGCAGAAUUGGAAAAACUCAGAAAUGAGGUCACAGUGCUCCGGGGAGAAAAUGCUUCUGCCAAGUCUUUACAUUCAGUUGUCCAAUCACUAGAGUCUGAUAAGGUGAAGCUAGAGCUGAAGGUGAAGAACCUGGAGCUGAAACUGAAAGAAAACCAGAGGCAGCUGAGCGGCUUCGGAGGUAAUUCUGAAGAAGAAGAAAGAGCUCAAGAGAGCCAGCAAAUGAUUGAUUUCCUGAAUUCAGUAAUAGUGGAUCUUCAGAGGAAAAAUCAAGACUUAAAGAUGAAGGUAGAAAUGAUGUCAGAAGCCGCUCUCAAUGGGAAUGAUCUGAAUAACUAUGACAGUGAUGACCAGGAGAAACAGUUCAAGAAGAAACCUCGCCUUUUCUGUGACAUUUGUGACUGCUUUGACCUCCAUGACACUGAGGACUGUCCCACCCAGACCCAGGUGUCAGAGGAUCCUCCUCAUUCCACACACCACGGCAGCCGGAGUGAGGAGCGCCCCUACUGUGAGAUCUGUGAGAUGUUUGGGCACUGGGCCACCAACUGUAACGACGACGAGACCUUCUGAUGGCCCCGUCAGGAACGUCAUCUUUUCCAGAUGCGCACACACUUGGACAAUGGAACACCAGCAUUUGUGUGGGCAGACUUCAGGAAGACUCAUAUUAUUUUUUGACCCCUUCAACAAAUCUUUUAAAAAAAAAUAUUUUGAUCUUCCAUGAACAACCCUUUUUAUUCUUUCUUCAAGCUAAAGUUGAAAUAAUAAAUAGGUGAGUUGUCACCUCUUAUUUGUCUUUAUGUAUUUGAUAUUUAAUAAGACAUUUGCACCAGAUGCCAUUAUGUUACUUAUCCAUAGGGAAACCUCAUGGAGCAGAGAACUAUCCUUACGUUAUCUUAUUUAAAUAAAAUUUAAAAUUAUGAUGUUAAUUUUCAUAUUUGCACUAAAAAGUUUCAAGGCUGCAUUUGUACAUUUAGAUUUUUUUAAAAAUAGCUUUGACACUGGAAUGAGUUGAAAAAAGUGUUCCAUCUUACAUUUUCAUCUACUCAUUUAAAAUGUUUUAUUCUUGAUCAAAGAAUUUAUAAGCUCUUUGUGCUGCGCUACCUGGAUGUCAGUAGUGCCUUUAUUUCAGGCUUGAUAUGUUGUGUAAUUAUAAAAUCAUGAAGCAGGUAAAGGAAGUGAGGACCCCUCAGAAUUGCUGUGGGGAACGACUUAGGACCUGGAGGCUGCAUAUUUACUAUUCUUUCUGGGAUUUUUGGUUUUUUUCAUUUUUGCAUAAUCUCAGUUUCUAUAUAUUGUGUAUAUAUUUUUUAAAAUCUCUAUUUUUUUGGGAAAAAAACAUGCAGGAAGUUUUGUUUUCAGGUUUUUAACUUUAUUAAAGGAAAAAAAAAUUUACAUCUCUUAUAUUCAUUACAACAUACCUGCCUAAUCCAGAAAAAGCACCACAUGGCUUUGCAACUGUGAAGGUUUUUAUUUGGCUCUUUGAAAAACCUAUACAUUGGAGGAUUCUUUUUUUUUUUUCCCUAGAAAUUCACUCCUCCCUCUCUCUCCUGUCUCCAUUUUCCCUAGCAGCCGAUUACUUAAAUGAAGCAAAAUCUCAAUAAGAAAUAAAACCCUUAGGUUAACCAAUUUUCAGUCUUUUCCCCUGCUCCUUCCCCUUCUGCUUUUUCUGGUUUACUGUAUUUUUAGAUGAAUGUAAGUUGGGAAAUUCAACAUGAAUAAUUUUGGAUUUUCUUGUAGCAAAAAUAAAAUACAAAACCUCAUCCAAGAGAACAGUUUCUCAAACGGUUCAAAUUAUUUAUCUUCUCUUGAAUGUCUCAGAAUAUGUAAAGAAGUAAAUAUACCGUGUCUUCCAUUCAGUGUGUACAAUAUGAAUUUCCUUUUCUUCUACAAAUUGUAUAUAUGCCUUUGAUGUAUUUCCCUUCCCCUAAGAUUAUAAACUGCAUAUUUGGCACAUGAAUAUAUUUUUAAAGAAAAAAAAUACUUCUGUAAUCACCUGAAAGUCUGAGUUACAGGUGUAUGAUAAUAGGAAUUGUUCUAAGAAGCUAAACAUGUAAAGCAGUAUUAAACUUUGGCCAACUUAAGUGUUCUGUAUCUACUUUAAUAAAGGAUUAUUCUUUUGGUGGUGGUGAUCAA